AUGAGUGAGAAGGAUCCAUCCUUCAGGGUUGCCCUGGUUGCCGGUGGAUGUGCUGGUACAUCGGUGGAUGUUGCACUAUUUCCCAUUGACACGCUGAAGACAAGAAUGCAAUCACCUCAGGGCUUCUACAAAGCUGGUGGAUUCAAGGGUGUCUACAAUGGAAUGUUCGCGGCAGCUGCUGGAUCUGCACCUGGUGCAGCUUUAUUCUUUUCUACCUAUGAAACUGUUAAGGUGCCAGACUCCAUUCAGAACGAAUCAUGUUACAUGGCGUCUUCCUCUUGCGGGGAGGUCGCGGCGUGCUGGAUACGCGUGCCGACUGAAAAUGUAAAGCAAAAAAUGCAGGCUGGUAUGUAUCCAUCAACGAGGAUUGCGAUCAAAGGCAUAUUCGAACAAAGAGGUUAUCGAGGUUUUUAUGUUGGAUAUUUUGCCUGCGUCCUCCGAGAAAUACCAUUUUCAUUCAUUCAAUUUCCAGUCUACGAGACUUUGAAGAAGAGGUGGUCGGAAUGGCAGGGUCGAGAUGUGACACCGAUACAGUCAGCUUUGUGCGGAUCCAUUGGUGGAGGGUUUUCGGCAGCAACUACAACCCCCUUUGACGUGGUCAAGACGCGUCUGAUGCUCGGAAGAGACAGAGAAGGAACACAGUACAAUGGAAUGCUCAAUGCUAUAUUCAGAAUAUACGCUGAGGGAGGGGUGAAGAAGUUUUUCACUGGCAUUGUUCCAAGAACUGUGUGGAUUGGAUUGGGAGGAUGUGUCUUCUUUGGAUCAUAUGAAAGUGUCAAAGAGCUACUUCUGGACAUGAUGUGA